AUGUCUAAGAAGAGCAGCAUCGCAAUUGACCACGAGAUUGAAGUCUUGCAAGCUCAAAUCGCUAUCCUGCAGCGUCGUGAGGAUGACUUCGUCCGUAUUUUGGAGGACAUGGCCCGUCUUAGAGACUCAGUCAAGGCCGAGCAAGUGGCACUCGCAUCUCAAAUAAUGGAGCUAGAGAGUCAGAGACAUCCGAUCAACUGGCUGCCCUCGGAGCUGCUUAUCCAAAUCUUUGUCUCUGUGACGGAGGACAACGACUCAGACACCUCAGCAGGUCUCGCGUAUAAUUCAUCGCCCGUCAUUAUAACACACGUAUGCCGGGAAUGGCGCAAACUCGCAUUUGCCACUUCUAUACUGUGGUCGCGCGUUUCUUACAGGAGCAGAAAGUGGUCCACGUCUCCGGUAUGCGCGUUCAUAAAUCGCUCAGGUUCUAGUCUGCUCGAUCUCACUUUCUCUCCCCCACCGUACCAUGUUGAUGACAAUGACGCUGCCGAGGACGAGCGGCUAGCGUCUGAAGGUCUACUCCACAUGCUGAGUUCUCACCUCUCUCGCGUGCGCUCUAUCACCUUCGAGUGCACAUCCUCUGCGAGUAUGCGACUCAUUGUCGAAGUACUCAUAGAUAACCUUCACGAAUUAAAGUCAUUACGCUCCUUGGAUCUGUCCUUCGCAAGCCUUGCCCCAUGCUUUGCGGGCACACCACUACUCGUACUGGAUGAACUGGAUGGACAGAGUCUCUCCGACACACCGAGCGUCCUCACCUACCUCCGUCUUCAACAACUACCACCGCGUGUCAUUUCGCCAUCUCUUUUACGGUCUGUGCAAACUCUCGAGCUCUCCUUCCCUCAGCGAAGAUCCCAUCGUGCUCCUCAGUACAUCCUACGAAUGUCCCAUGUGCACCAUUUCCUGAGUUUUAUUCCAGAGCUCCAAGAUUUAGUUCUUACGGAAACCACACCGCUUCGUGAUGUUGUGCUUGAGGAACACAGCGAGGGACAGACAGCCGACAAUCGGUUCACCGUCGUGGCCCCCCUUGAACUACCUAAACUCAGAAGCCUCACAUGGAAGUUCGCAUACCCUCGCGAUGUGUACACCUUCAUGUCUUUCUUUGGUAUGCCUGCAUUGGAACGAUGGGAAAUUCUAAUCGCCAACUCCCCAACGAGGAGGAAUGACGUCAGCUCGCUUCGCGGUAAUCAUUGGGACGAACCAGAUUCCUUCAUCCAGGCAGAGCCUCUCGGAGGCGUCCUAUUCAUGACCGCGCUCAAGGAGCUGUGCAUCAGCUGUCAAGAUGGUGACUCCCUCAUUUCUUCGCUGCGCCAAUUCUUCUUCCCUGUGCUCGAGCAACUCGAAUUUGCAUACGCCGGAAAGUGCCCACCAAAUUGUGACCACAAACAUCCUCUCCCGCGCCUUGAUUAUGUAUUUCGCGAUCCCCGUCUCCCUCACCUUACGCAUUUCACGCUGUCACAUCUUGAUGUCUUUGCCGGGCACGGGAAGCUCAUGCUUGGUUACAUGCCGGGCCUCGUAUCAUUGACGCUGAUAUCGUGCACUGGUGUGGACGGCAUGCUAGAAGCGCUUGCUGAGGCAUACGGUCUCGCGAUGGAUGCGGAACGCAAAGCAACGCGUGGAUGUGGCGUUAGAGUCUGUCCAAAGUUAGAAAGGAUAACACUCUGGGGCUGCUCCGACUUCAAAUUUAAAAGCUUGUUUGCAGCUGUAUUUGCGCGUGCGCAGCCGGCAGGCAACAGCAUGCUCAUGAAGGCUCAGAAGGACGCGCCUAGCGUUGUUUCUACGGUUCUAGGCCGUAAGAUACGGCCCUUGAAAAAACCGCGCGUGGCGUCUCCACGGGGAGGCCCGUCUUCUCCCGCGAAGCCACAUAUAACGCAAAAUUCCCACGGAGCACCGUCGACGUUGAUUCCUAUCGAGGAGGCUUUGCGCCCUGUUCCCAUCGCCUGCGUUAAUGUCGAUGAUUGUCCCCAGAUCAGUGAGGACGAAGCGUUAUUGCUUGAGGAAUUUGGUACAGUUGUUGUAUAUCGGUGA